AUGAAUCCUCAACUUGAAAAGUACUUAACACACAUAAUCAUCUUAUUUAUUUUUUGUUUUGAAAGAUAUAAUGGGCAAAUUCCAAAUGGUGAUCAUGAAAGACGUAAAAGCAAAUUUCAAUUGAGACAACGAUUACAAGCGAAUGGGCUUAAAGCACAGCGACAACAUAUAUGUAAAAAUCUAGAUGAAGUACAGAAAUUAACACAAGCUGAUUUUCAUUCCAUUUCAUAUACGUUAUCACGAAAUCAAACUGUUGUUGUUCAAUAUGCACAUGAUGAAGAUUCUGAUAUGUUUCAAAUUGGUCGAUCAUCGGAAAGUCAAAUUGAUUUUAUCGUUACGGAUACAGUGCCUGAAACGAAAAUCAUUGAUGAUAUGAACGCUGUACAAUCGACUAUCUCACGCUAUGCAUGCCGUAUUGUUGUAUUACGACAUCCACCAUAUACAGCUCGUAUCUAUGCUGCUGGUUUUGAUAGUUCAAAAAAUAUUUUUCUUGGAGAAAAAUCAAUAAAAUGGAAAAAUAAUCGUAAUGAAAUGGAUGGUGUUACAACAAAUGGUAUUUUAUUAAUGCAUAUUGAUGGAGAUCAAUUUAAUAUAAAUUCUAAGCCAACUAAAUGGAAAGAAGUAUCUGUUUGUGGAAGUGUAUUUGAUUUAGGUGAAGGACGACUUAAAUUUAAUUAUCAAACAGCAUCUCCUUCUAAUACAGAUAAUAUUCUAAAAGACGGAACUCUGAUUGAUCUCUGUGGAGCAACACUACUAUGGCGAUCAGUGGAAGGUCUUAAAAAUACACCUACUCGUCGUUUUCUUGAAUUUGAAUUAGAUGAAUUGAAUUCAAAAAAACCUCAAUGUCCUGUUGGAUUAAAUACAUUAGUUAUAAAAACUUCAAAUUUUUCAUCAAUAUCAUCAAAUUUUUCAAAUCCAUAUGUUUAUGUUUCAUGUGGACAUGUUCAUGGUAAUCAUCAAUGGGGUGUCAUCAAUGAUAAUAAUCAUUUACGUGAAUGUCCACUUUGUCGAACAGUUAGUUCAUUAAUACCAAUUACACCUGGAUUGGAAUCAUCAUUUUAUGUUAUACCAAAUAAUGAUAAUGAAACAACAACAUCACAUGCACUGCAUCCAUGUGGACAUAUGACUUCACAGUCUACAGCUUUAUAUUGGUCAAAAAUUAAAGUACCUUAUGGAGCAAAAGGUUUAAAAGCAGUAUGUCCAUUUUGUUCAAUGGCUUUAUCAGAUAUAAAACCAUAUGUUCGUCUGAUUUUUCAAGAUUCUAUUUACAGAUAA